UGUGCAGGCAGCGUUUUUGGGGAAGGCGCUGUGCGCUCUCUCGUGGAUCCUCCUGCGCACUGUGCUCAGUAGGACUUUGUGCAGCAUGCAUCUGGGUGUUGAGCGCGGACUCCCUGCGCCUGCCACCUGUUGCCGGCUUACUGUUUCCCUCUGUGUUCGUUUGAGGACAUAACGGCAGCAUCGUGCGUCGUGUCAUCGGCACCAUGUCGGAGGAGCAAAGUGAUUCCAACUCCAGUGGGUACUAUUUUAACACCUCAACUAGAGUCCAGAUCAGCUUCGUGUUUUCAGGACCCGUUUCUGUCGUUUUGAUGGUGAUGAUGGUGACUAUGGUCGUUGUCAUAGUGUUGGGCAAUGCGCUGGUCAUUUUGGCCUUUAAAGUCGACAAGAGUUUGAGGAGGCAAUGCAAUUACUACUUCUUGAAUUUGGCAAUAUCAGACUUCCUUGUAGGGGCGUUCUGCAUUCCGGUGUACAUGCCUUACGUCCUCACAGGCAGGUGGACACUGGGCCGAGGACUCUGCAAGCUGUGGCUGGUCAUGGACUACUUACUGUGUUCGGCAUCUGCCUUCAACAUUGUGCUUAUCAGCUACGACCGCUUCCUGUCAGUCACCAGAGCAGUAAGUUACCGUGCCAGACAGGGCAUGACACAUCAAGCUAUAGUCAAGAUGAUUGCUGUCUGGGUGCUAGCCUUCGUCCUGUAUGGACCAGCUAUCAUAUUCUGGGAACUGGUGGUGGGCAGAAGACGUGUACCGAAAGAUGAGUGCUUUGCAGAGUUUUAUUACUCUUGGUACUUCCUGCUGAGCGCCUCCACGCUGGAGUUCUUCUCUCCUUUCAUCUCCGUGGCUUUCUUCAACCUCAGCAUUUACCUCAGCAUACGCAGGAGGAGGCUCCACAGCAGGGAGGCCCAGCUGCAACUUCAAUUGAGCGAAACCGCCUCUGCCCACGGGAAAGGUGUCCCCUCGUCCCACAACUGCGGGUUUGGGAUGAAACAGGCUGUAAAGGGCUCUCUCAACUCCCAGACCUCCUCUCCCAGUUUGUGCAAACGAGAGCCCUCAAGCAGCAGGGCCGCCCAGCCUAGCCGGCUGUCCAGGGAUAAGAAAAUUGCAAAGUCCCUGGCCAUCAUAGUUUGUGUGUUUGCCAUCUGCUGGGCACCGUACACCCUUCUGAUGAUCAUCCGCGCUGCCUGCAGAGGGCGGUGCAUCCAGCAUCACUGGUACGAGGUCACCUUCUGGCUCCUGUGGCUUAACUCUGCUAUUAACCCUUUCCUGUACCCACUUUGCCACAGUAGCUUCCGCAGGGCCUUUAGCAAGAUUCUGUGCCCAAGGCGGCAUACUGCUCCCCUCUCAUCCGUCCUCCGCGCUGGCCAUUGACCAGCACAUGUGAAAGACUGAUGGACAAUGUGCCAGAACUGAUCAAGGAAAUCUUUCAAAUCGUACCCAUUAAUGUCAGUUUCAGCUGAUGAAGCUAAACUGUCAAUCGCACUUUGUCAUAAAGGAUGAUAAAUUGUUUCUUGUUUUCUUCAGUGUUUUAACGUAUAAGGUUUGUACUUUACAGUAUGAUGUUACUUACACUUUGCUGUGGUCAAAUCUAAUGCUUGAUUUGAACAACCAUCACAAGCAUAAAAAUGAUUUUCCUGUCAAGAAAAUCGAUAAAUCCAUCAACUAUGUUGUCUAGUUUGAUGUGUUAUGCAGGUUUGUAUCUUGAAUAUAAAUAUAUGUAUAUUAUAUUGAGCAUUCAUGUUCUUUAAUAGGUGUGUGGUGCAGAUCACUAUCACCAUCCACGAGCAGGUUUACCACCGAUCAUUUCACAGAAACACAGAGAUAAAACAAAAGAGUGCCAUGAAGUGUACGUGUUUAUGAACAGAAACGUGUUCUGUUUUGGGCACAUCGUUAUACAGAAGACCCACACACUGGGGACAUCUGGUGUCAUCGUAUGUAAAAGAAACAUGUCUUCUUUGCUAAAACUUGAUGUACGUUGGAGAGUGAAUCUGUUUUCAAACAAUGCAAAAAUUGACUUUACUGUGAUGAGCAAAUGCAUGUAUACUUGUGCACCACUAGAUGUCACCAUUAACCUUUACAGCUUCCUGUCGCUGCAGUUCCUCGGCUUAAAGCAUCCUUUCAUCAUUGGUCAGGGUUUCCAUUAACUGCUUUCUUUGUUUUGGUAUUUGAACUGUUAUAUAUGUCUUAUAUUUUAGCACCGGGACCCUGACUGAUUACACGUGUAUUAGAGGAUUAUAACCAUAGGUCCAGAAGAAUGGACUGCUCUACCUAUAUCUAUGCUUUCACUGUUAAAUAGUGUCCCUUGUACGACAGGUGCUCUGCUUUAGAAAAUGUUCUGUAUACUCCUGCAACUGACUUCGUCCCACAUAUUUUUGGUCAUUUUUUGUUUACCUAAAAUAUUAGAGUAGCUGCAUACAUGUUGUCUCAUUGGGUAAGAGCAAAGUUUAAUCUUUGGUGCUUAAGUAAAGUCUCCAAAAUAAACACAUCUCUGUCAUUGA